AUGAAAAAUAUAACUGUCACCGGACAGGUGGCAUGCAGUGAUCGGUCACAAAAAGAUAUUGAAAUACAACUAUGGGAACGUGACACCUUGGAUCCGGAUGAUUUGCUAAAUACGACAAAAACGGAUAAUCACGGACGUUUCCGAAUAUUUGGACAGGAAAAUGAAGUGAAUAAUAUUGAACCGUAUCUAAUAAUUAUACACAGCUGUGAUAAUGGUGUCAUUAAUCCGAAAUGUUCAAUAAAAGAUCGAUAUGAAAUACCACGAAAAUAUGUUGGUGACACUUACAAUAUGGGCAUUGUAAGCUUAAAUAUUGUAAAGAGACGACAAAAGAAUUGCGUUUGA